AUGAUGCUCGAUGUUGACCUUGACGUCUCUGAUCAUGCGCUAGAAGAAUUCUUUGCAGAGAGCGAAGAACUUCAGUCUAAACGCCCUCGUGACGACGACUCUUCCUCUGCUUUCUCCCACCCCCCCAAGCGUGCCUCCUCUCCCGCCCCUAGUGCAGUGAUGGCGGAUCCGAUGCAAGCUGAGCCUGAGGUCCCGCCGCCUCGUCCUGCUGCCUCUCUUCCGCCACGAGCCCCUCUGCCCUCUCGUCCGAGUGGCGGUACCCGCGCGGCGGUGUCGUCUCCGGCGUUGGGUGCGAUUGGCGCCCAGCAGGAAACUGAGUCUUCGGCAGACGCGCCGUUCCCUCCCCCCCCUCCGACAUCUGCCCCUGUCACCUCCGCUCCUGUCCCUGCUCCUGUUACCCGUGCUGCGGCUCUGCGUGCACGUAACGCCCUUCUGCGCCGUUACACUGACGCUGUCCUCGAGUCUGUCACCAGGGAUCCGGCGCUCACUGUCACCAUUCUGAUGGAAGAGAAGUUCGCAGCGGAAAAGCUUCGGUCUGCGAUUCAUCUGGCGAUCAUGGCGAAAUUUCGCGACGAACAGUUCCCCGGUGGCGUGAUCCCCCUCUACGAGACCUCUUCUGGCGAUCUGCUUAAGCUGCCUCGUGCUUCCUAUGGUCGGCAGCUCUACGCCUGGCCGACCGCCGCCGAUGCUCGUGUCUUCCGCGACUCUUUCCCCAUGCGUGUGCGCCUCGCUGACGGGCAAUUUGUUGAGCUUCGUGUUUUUCAGGAGACGUCUCCUGGCUUCGCCUCAGCGAAAGCACAGGGUGCGACGACGAUCCUGGUCCGUAACCUUCCGGAUAACUGUGACAUCGCCCGCGUGCGUGCUAAGCUUCUUUCUGGCAGGACCGGCGGGCACAAGUGGCUGGCCACGCUGGAGCAUUUUCAUCGUGUGAAAAAUCCGUUUACGGGUUUCGAUCUGCCUCAGUUCGCCGGAAUCGUCACGCCGGUCACUGGUGAUCCGGACUUCGCUUUCCUCCCCCCUGUCCUGCUUCCCCCUAACCCUCUCCUGGGCGAUCCCAUGUAUGUGCACCUGUCGUGCCAUACCUGCGCCAUCUGCGCCAGCAACCAUCGCACCAAUGAUCACGAGGUUACGCCUCUUGUUUCUGGUUCGCUUCUCUUCUGCAUGGUCUGCUCUUUGCCCCCUUCCCCCCUUUACGUACCUUCCGGCUCUGCUUGGCUGGAUGGUCGUCUAUCCUGGGCGCUGGGCCCCGGUCAGAAUCUUGGACAGACGCCGGCAAUCAUGGCCUUCCGUGCGGAUCCUGGUCUCCUGCUCAUCGGCAUGGAGUACGCUGUGGAGCCCUGGACCUGCUCCCUCUGUGAUUUCGUCUGUGGCCCAGCGUUGGAUAGCGCCCUGGACCAUCUCCGCUCGGCGGAGCACGUCUCCAAGCUCAACAGCCCGGAGGGUGUGGUGGUUCCCCGCCUCGCCCAAGGGAACCAGAAAGCGGCGCGACUGGUGCAGCACCCUACUGUCGCCGCCUUCCUGGCAUCUCAGGCCAUGGCCUCUGAGGAGUAG